ACCUCACCUUUUCCUUUGGUGAGUAAGGUGUGUUCACGCGAGGUUGUGUGUUCCAUCGGGAAUAGGUCACACAAACCUCAGAAUUUCGUGAAAUAUUCUUGUAAAAUAAAAAAAAAAACAUAAAAAUCACAAAAAUCCAAAAAAAUAGUAAAAUAACAAAAUUUUAAACGAGAAUCAUUCGAUUUUAGUUAGGAGUACGUAAGCGUGCAACGUGGUCUAAGGAAUGCGAUAGUCGACGUAAAGAGAAAGUGAAGUUGCUCUUGAUUACGGUUAAUGUUCGACAUAAUACCGUCACAGUAAGAUUUUCAAAAUGAAUCCUGGUCCGCCAAAUUAUCCCAUGGCGUCAUUGUACGUCGGGGAUUUGCACUCCGAUAUUACCGAAGCCAUGUUGUUUGAAAAAUUUUCAACUGCUGGUCCGGUUCUCUCUAUUCGCGUUUGCCGUGAUAUGAUUACUCGUAGAUCCCUGGGCUACGCUUACGUAAAUUUUCAGCAGCCUGCCGAUGCUGAAAGAGCCUUGGAUUCCAUGAAUUUUGACAUGAUUAAAGGGAGGCCUAUUAGGAUUAUGUGGUCCCAGCGUGACCCUUCCCUUCGCAAGUCAGGAGUCGGCAAUGUGUUUAUUAAAAACCUUGAUAAAACCAUUGACAACAAGGCUAUGUAUGACACUUUCUCUGCUUUCGGCAACAUUUUGAGUUGCAAGGUGGCCCAAGAUGAAACUGGUGCUUCCAAGGGUUAUGGCUUUGUUCAUUUUGAAACUGAGGAGGCUGCCAACAAGUCCAUUGAAAAAGUAAAUGGUAUGUUACUCAAUGGAAAGAAGGUUUACGUCGGCCGAUUCAUUCCUCGUAAGGAACGCGAAAAGGAACUGGGAGAGAAGGCCAAACUGUUCACAAAUGUAUAUGUGAAAAACUUUGGUGAAGAUUUUGCUGAUGAACUUCUCAAAGAAAUGUUUGAGAAGUAUGGCCGCAUUACUAGCCACAAAGUAAUGUAUAAAGAUGAUGGAAGUUCCCGUGGUUUUGGAUUUGUUGCUUUUGAAGAUCCUGAUGCUGCUGAGAGGGCUUGUAUGGAACUUAAUGGUAAAGAACUCGUUGAGGGUAAGCCCUUGUAUGUAGGACGUGCCCAAAAGAAAGCAGAGCGUCAAAAAGAACUGAAACGCAAAUUUGAACAACUAAAAUCUGAAAGAUUGACUCGCUACCAAGGUGUAAACCUCUAUGUUAAGAAUUUGGAUGACACUAUUGAUGAUGAACGUCUACGCAAAGAGUUUGCUCCAUUUGGUACCAUCACCUCUGCUAAGGUAAUGUUGGAAGAUGGCAGAAGCAAAGGCUUUGGGUUUGUAUGUUUCUCAUCUCCAGAAGAAGCUACCAAGGCUGUCACUGAAAUGAAUGGUCGCAUUGUUGGAACUAAGCCACUGUAUGUGGCUUUAGCCCAACGUAAGGAAGACCGUAAGGCUCAUCUGACAUCACAAUACAUGCAGCGUAUGGCUAGUAUGCGCAUGCAACAGAUGGGCCAGAUAUUCCAACCAGGUGGCGCUGGAGGAUACUUUGUCCCGACUAUUCCACCCACGCAGCGUUUCUACGGCCCCGCUCAGAUGACGCAGAUAAGACCCUCUCCACGUUGGACCGCCCAACCGCCGGUUAGACCCAGCACACAGACGGCUGCUUCUGGCUAUCCUAACAUGCAGGCGCCAUUCCGUCCAGCACCAAGAGGCCCAACUCAAGCAGCCCUGCGCACAUCUCUCGGAGCCAGGCCAAUCACAGGCCAGCAAGGUGUCCCUGCUACUGCUUCUAUCAGAGCACCACUUGUCACCCAGAGUGGACGUCCUGCAGGAUACAAGUACACUGCAAACAUGCGCAACCCUCCGGCACCACAACCAGCUGUACACAUCCAGGGACAGGAACCGUUAACAGCCUCUAUGUUAGCUGCUGCUCCACUGCAGGAGCAAAAGCAAAUGCUGGGUGAACGUCUCUUCCCAUUGAUUCAAAGAAUGCACCCAGAUUUGGCAGGCAAGAUUACUGGAAUGCUUUUGGAGAUUGACAAUUCUGAGCUUCUUCAUAUGCUGGAGCAUGGGGAAUCUCUCAAGGCUAAGGUGGAUGAGGCUGUUGCUGUGCUGCAAGCUCACCAGGCUAAGCAACAAGCCACCAAGAAGGAGUAAUACCAUUUACAUGUUGCUAAAGUAAAUACGAAGUGACCAGCUUUUAAUAGUAUAUUAAACAACUACAUAGUUCUGUUUAAAGCUUGAAUAUUGAACUCAACUAUUGUUAGACUUGUCCCGCUCAUAUAAAAAAAAUAUAUAAAAUAAAAAUUGAAAAAAUAAAAAAGUGGAUUGCACCAUUCCAAAAUAUAACUUUAUUAAGAUUAUUGGGAGUGCAGUUCCGCAAACAAAAACAAUGCAACUACCAACGUUUCUAUAUUUGAAGUUAUACCACUGGGCUCUUUGACUAUGUAUUUACAUUGACUAAGAAGUUUGAUUUUAGUUUUUUGUCAUCGGAAAUAACAACUUUUCUUUUCUAUGUAUCUCAGUUGGAUUUUGGCUUUUGUUCUUGCAUUAUAUUUCUUUCUUUAAUCGGUUGUACAUUGGAUUUACCUCGGAUUGUAAACUUGGUCCCCAAUGUCACUGAUUGAAUAUUCCUUUGUAAUUUGUUACAUUAUAUUCUGUGGAAUAUUCACAAUAAAAA